UAAAUAUAUAUAUUUAAAACCAAAUAAAAAAACCUCAGCGAAUAGACCGAUUCUUAGACAUGUUGAUAGAGCCGACUUUGAACCGUGACCUUGGCUCGCUUACUGUUGCAAAUUCUGGCCACUCGGCCGCGCACUGGAAAAUGGAGCCCCAUCCCCAACGAAUGACAUCGCUGGCCCCGCAUGCCUCCAGUGUAGCGGCAGCAGCAGCAGCAGCGGCAGCAGCGGCGGCAGCAGCGCAAGCAGCAGCGACGACAACCAACACGUCGCCUCCAUCUGUGCAAAUACCGCCGGGCUUUGGCGCUGCUGGGGGCACAGUCGGCAGCAGCGGCAGUGGCGGUCCAACGGGUAGCACGCUCAAUACAUUGAUGUCGCAACACCGCCUCCUGGAGUUCUCCCGCUUUGGUGGCCUGCGUGGCUAUGACAUUGCCCAGCAUAUGCUGACGCAGCAGGGCGCAGUGUCCAAGCUGUUGGGCUCCCUGCGACCACCGGGCCUAAUUGGUGGCUCAAAGCCAAAGGUAGCCACGCCAACGGUUGUGUCCAAAAUCGAGCAAUACAAGCGCGAGAACCCCACCAUCUUUGCCUGGGAGAUACGCGAGCGACUCAUCUCCGAAGGUGUCUGCACAAAUGCCACCGCGCCGUCGGUGAGCAGCAUCAAUCGCAUCCUGCGCAACCGCGCCGCCGAGCGUGUGGCCACCGAGUUUGCGCGCACCGCAGCCUAUGGGCUGUAUCCGCCGCAUCCGCAUCCGUACGGCAGCUUCACCUGGCAUCCGGCCGGCAAUGUUGGAGGUGGACAAUCGGUGCCUGGUCCACCGCCGCCUUCGGCCUUGUGGUCUGUGGCGGCUCCCACGUUGGCCAAUCUGCCGCCCAGUGCUGGCAGCUCCGUGUCUGCCGGCAACUGUGGAUCCCUGAGCUCGGCUCAUCUCAUGGCCAGUGCACCGCCUCCGAAUAGAGCCAUUUCCCCGGGCUCUGGCAGCCACGAUACGCUGGAGUCUGCGGACGAGAAUCGCCACAUCGACUCGGACUACUUGGAUGACGACGAUGAGCCCAAGUUCCGACGCAAUCGCACAACCUUCAGCCCGGAGCAGCUGGAGGAGCUGGAAAAGGAGUUCGACAAGAGCCACUACCCAUGCGUGAGCACCCGCGAGAGGCUGUCCAGUCGCACGAGUCUGAGCGAGGCGCGAGUUCAGGUUUGGUUCUCGAACCGCCGUGCCAAGUGGCGUCGCCAUCAGCGCAUGAAUCUGCUCAAGCGGCAGCGUUCCAGUCCCGCGAAUCCGCUGCACUCGCAGCAAUCAAACGAUGCGCCCGCCAGCUCUCCCACGCCCAGUAAUCACAGCAGCGCCUCUGCCUCGGCAGCUUCUGUGGGCGGAGUAGCCGCUGCGCCGCCACAGCAGUCGCUGUCCAUCUGCUCGGAGCACUCGCCGCAGGCACCGCCCCCAUCCGUGAUACUGCACCCGUUGCAUGGGCCGCCGGGCGGACAUCAUCAUCAUCAUCCACUGCACCUCCCCACGCAUCCUGCGGCGCUGCAGCUGCUCAGCCACUACCAUCAGCAGCAGCAACAGCAGCACCAGCAGCAGCUUUCACCCACGGGAGUUGGAGCCUGUGGAUCGGCCGCCAGUCACCUGUCGAUGGGUGGAGAGCGCAGCGCAUUCCGGAGUCUGGUGAGCUCUCCAUCGGCGGCAGCCUUUCUGGGUCUGGCACGGCAGUACGCGGUGGCAGCUUCACUGACGGUGGCCGAAGAGCAGCGCUCGCGGAUGCACUAUUCCUCCUCCGCGGGUAUGGGCUCCGGUCCGGAGAGCGGUGGCCCUGGCUGUGGCAGUGGGUGUGGCACUGGCGGCUCAACCAUGACCGUGGACAACUCAUCGUCGGAUUCGGAUGAAGAGAUCAACGUGCACGACGAUUCCGAUGCUGAAAUCGAAUCGCCGGCGGCAAAGGUGGCCCGCCUGUCAUCCUCCGAUGGCUCGGCGACGCUGCAGUUCCUAAAGCAUGACCGUUAGUGGGAGAGAGAGAAUCUCCCGUGAUCCGACAGCGGCGGCGGCAGAGUCGUCUAAUUGAAAACCUGAGUUGUGUGCGCGUUUGUGAUUGACAGCGCAACGUAGGCAACUACGUGGACUGGUGGAACGAUGGAAUGGGACGGCGCGCAGCUCGCAGGCGGAUCCGUGCGUGUCGCGGAUGGGAAACAUGAGACGCGAGACGAGAAACGAGAAACGAGAAACAAAUCGAAAAAAACCAAAGUUAAAAUGCUGCUCACCUACUUGCAGCGGCAGCAACAAUAGUAGGCGGCAUUUGUGUGUGGACACGCUUUAGAUUAACUGAAAAUUGUAACUAAUACUUACUGCUACGAGUAUGUGCACGCUUGUCCCAUUUAAUGCACAUUUCCAUCUGCAUAAUAGUUAGGUACGAUUGCGAAUGCGAAUGCGAAUGCGAAUGCCUUCGAGUACAUACUCGUACGUAGUAUGUGUGUAACUAUAAUUAUUAUGAAUACGAGUACGAGUUAUAUUAUUAUUCAACGCCGGCCGCUGGCUGCCGACUUACCUCAUCACCAUUUAAGGCUAUAGAGUAUGCAAUAUCUACCAUAAUACACAUGUAACCUUAAGCUGUAACUCUAACUAUAACUUAGUCCUAAUUUAGGCUCUAAACUCCAACUCCAAACAAUACAAUGACCGCCCCAACACACGGAGCACACCAUUUAUGGAGAGUACGACUAGGUUUUGCGUUUGAACUGAUAUCUGUAUUGUAUGUAAUGUUAAGUGUGGCUAGAGAAAUGGCCUUUCGUUCAUGUUAUGACAAAAAUUGUCUAUCC